UUUGGUGUUGUAAAUAAAGCUCAGUUUCCGACAAGAUGGCCGAUUGACUUUUUAAUUUACAUCACUGUUGAGAAAUGGAAAUGCAAACAAAAAUUUGUUUCAAUCACAUUACAUAGAUCUUUAUUAAUAUGAGCGAUCGCUACAGAGAGCACAAAGGGUCGUCUCGAACGCGCGAUGAUUCUAGGAAGCACAAGGAGCGUGAGGCGAGGCGCACGAGGUCUCGCUCGAGGUCACCCAGACGCAGGCGAGUCUCCCCGUCUGGCCACAGAGGAUCCCCCAGCAGACCGGGCCGAAGUCGGGAGAGGAACUUAGAAAAUGCUGAUAAGAGACGAUAUUCCGAAAGUUGGGAAGAGUCAGACGAAGAGGUGCCGGCUCCUCCACCACCUCCUCGUAUUAGUAAAAUCUCGAUUGACUUCUCAAAACCUAAGGCUCCCAUCAAAAUGACCCUCGGUGCUACAUCUAAGCCAGCUCCAAAACCAACCGUUGCGUCCGUGUUCAACGCUGAUGAUGAUGACGAACCUGAAGAAAUGCCGGCGGAGGCGAGGAUGAGAAUGAGGAAUAUUGGGAGGGAAACUCCAACAUCGGCUGGGCCAAACUCAUUUGGAAAAACGAAGCAAGGCUUCUGCGAUGCCAAGAAAGUGUUUGAAAAGAAUCUAAAACAAGCCCUCGAAACGGCUGACAAGCCAUCAGUGAAGUUUCCACAAACCAUUUACAAGAUCAAACCCUAACAUUAGAUUAUCAAUAAAUAUCAUAAAUUACAUUUCAGAACUUAUGUCACCGAUAAAGAAAAUUUUUCACAUUUGCAAUGUUAACUGUUUGUGAUCAAACAUUUCAGACCUUAGUUUAGUUUUAAGGUAGUUAAGUUAACUUCCACAACUGCUUCAUUUUAUUUCCACAGUAUUUAAUCCAUGUGAUAGAUUGGUUAGUUGUACCGGCCCCGGCGCAUGUAUUUGAAAUUAUGAAUUUACAUUAUAUCUUUAAAUACUAAUACUUUUUUAAAAUGUGAUCCUUUUAAAAAUUUCUGAAAUAAGUAAAUCUUAUGUUAAAGUAAACAAGACAUUUUGAUUUUUGGGCAUGGAAGGUCUUAAGUUCACAGAAGUGAACUGAAUAAGGUCUUUCCUGAAUAAGGUAUUAUUCACAAAUGAUCCUUAGUGUAACAAUAAAAAAAUGAGAUGCUGCAAUUUUUUCCUAUCUGCUGUUUCAAGGAUUGUACUAAAAAGCUGCAGAAUGCUUGAUUGAGUAUUCUAUACUCGGCGACCUCAUGAGUAUGAAGUCUCCGCCAAAUUGUUUAAGGAUAAUUUCUAUUAAUUCACUGUACAAAAAAAUGUUGGUACCUAUUUUCACAGAAAGGUUAGGGGAAAGAUCGUUUUAAGCCAUGUAGAUAAGCAAGUUUGACCCUAACAGAAAAACUGUCAGCAAAAUUUACUUUAUAUAUGCCCCGACUAAAAUUCAUGGGCAAUUUGAAUACAAAAAAAAUUUUGUUUACUUGAUCAGUGAAAGGCAUGACUUUCUCCAACAUGAUU